CAGUGAACAAUCUAGUUGUCCAGCUUUUUGUAGUCUCUAUUAGGCUGUCAGACUGCAGCAAACUACCUGUGUGUGUCACUCACCUGUUGGCAAAGCAUUGGAUAUUGUACCAAGACACACAAGCAGUCUCAUUUAAAGCAUAAAGGAUGCCUUACAUCCAUCAAGAUCGACGUCAAAAUGACCCAAGUGUUCCUGAGACAGCCAAAAGCAUUCACUCAACUGGAAAAACCUAUGAAGAACUCAGACAGGAGUGUCUCAGGAAAGGGGUCCUAUUUGAAGAUGUGGACUUUCCCGCUAAUUAUUCCUCACUUUUCUACGGCGAGAAGCCUAAUAUCCCAUUUGAAUGGAAAAGACCUAAGGAAAUUGUUAAAAACCCUGAGUUUAUUGUAGGAGGCGCAACACGAACAGAUGUUUGUCAAGGAGACCUUGGAGACUGCUGGCUUUUAGCCGCUGUUGCUUCUCUGACGCUCAAUGAGAAGGUGAUGUCCAGAGUCGUACCACUUGAUCAAACAUUUGGUGCUGAUUAUGCUGGCAUAUUUCAUUUUCAGUUUUGGCAGCAUAACGAAUGGCUUGAUGUAGUGAUUGAUGACCGGCUGCCCACCUUUAGAAAUCGUCUGGUGUUUCUGCAUUCAGCUGAUCUGAAUGAGUUUUGGAGUGCUUUAUUGGAAAAGGCAUAUGCCAAACUGCACGGAAGCUAUGAAGCUUUAAAAGGAGGUAGUACAAUUGAAGCUAUGGAAGAUUUCACUGGUGGGGUUUCAGAAACCUAUGAAAAUAAAACUGCUCCAGCCAAUUAUUUUGAGAUCAUGGACAAAGCUCUUAAAAGAGGAUCACUUCUUGGCUGUUCUAUUGAUAUCACAAGUUCAGCUGAAACAGAAGCUAAAACUCCUCAAGGGCUUGUAAAGGGACAUGCAUAUUCCAUUACUGGCUUGGAUACGGUAAAUUACAGGGGUCAAAAAGUUCAACUUAUUAGAGUCAGGAACCCUUGGGGCCAGGUGGAGUGGAAUGGUGCUUGGAGUGAUAACUCUUCAGAGUGGAAUUUGAUUGACCCUGCAGAGAAAAAUCGCUUGUCUCAGACAUCACUUGAUGAUGGGGAAUUCUGGAUGAAAUUGGAAGAUUUCAAAAGAUACUUUGAUAAAGUUGAGAUUUGUAAUCUCACUCCUGAUGCUUUGGAUGAUGACACCCCACAAAAAUGGGAAGUCAUGGUUCACGAAGGAAGUUGGAUCAGGGGUUCUACAGCUGGAGGAUGCAGGAAUUUUUUAGAAACAUUUUGGACAAAUCCACAAAUCAAAUUGAGCCUAAAAGAAAAGGAUGAGGGACAAAAGGAAUGCACAUUCAUUGCAGCUCUGAUGCAAAAGAAUAGACGCAAAUUAAGAAAAGCAGGAGCUGACCUUUUAACAAUAGGAUAUGCUAUUUAUCAGAGUCCUGGUGCCGAAACACAGUUGACAAAAGACUUCUUCAAAUUUAGUGCUUCUAAGGCACGGAGCAAAACUUAUGUUAACCUGAGAGAAAUUUCUCAGAGAUUCAAGCUUCCACCUGGAGAUUAUGUUCUUGUUCCUACAACAUUUGAACCUCACCAAGAAGCAGACUUUUGCCUCAGAAUUUUUUCGGAGAAGAAAGCCGAUAUCAAAGAGAUUGAUGGAGAAAUAAAUGUUGAUCUUCCAGAUCCUCCAAAACCAAAUCCCCCUCAGAAGGAGACUGAAGAAGAGAGGCAGUUUCGCAGUCUAUUUGAACAAAUUGCUGGACAAGACCUGGAGGUUAAUGCAGAAGAGUUGCAACACAUCUUAAACUCUGUUCUACGGAGAACAAAGAACAUUCAAUUCAAGGAAUUGAGUCUUCUGUCAUGUUUAAACAUCAUUUCCCUGAUGGAUACCAGUGGCAACGGAAAGCUUGAAUUUGAUGAAUUCAAAAUUUUCUGGGACAAAAUGAAAAACUGGAUAGGUAUCUUUAUGUUGUAUGACACAGAUAAGUCAGGAACUAUGUCUUCAUAUGAACUUCGACUUGCUUUGAAAGCCGCAGGGUUUCAACUUAAUAAUAUUGUAUUGCAACUUGUGGUCCUACGUUAUGCUGAUGAGAAUUAUCAGAUAGAAUUUGAUGACUUUCUCAAUUGUCUGAUUCGUUUAGAAAAUGCUUGCAGGGUGUUUAAGGCUCUUGAUCAAAGCAAUGCAGAUUCCAUAAGUUUGAAACAGGCUGAGUUCAUCAGUCUUGCAAUGAACAUUUAAAUGGGAAGACGGACUGACGGCUAUGGAAAUGAAUUUACAGCAGUCUAUGGUUUAUGUUUGGGAGGUCUGAUAAAUUUAAGCCAUGAUAGAGACGAGAGAAGUUAUGUUCAAUAAAAUUGAGAUUUAAAAAUGUGACCUUGUACAGUUUUUUCUAGUGUACUUUCACAUAUAAAAAUAUCCAACAAAUCCCAAUAGCAAACUUAUAUAUGUUCUCGUAAGUUUACAAAUCCUGUACACAGUAAAAUAUGGUACAUUUCAUAAUGACUUCAUUCUGGAAAGAGAAUGUAGUUGGAUAGGGUUUAUUGACCCAAAAGCAUUAAUUACAAAUAAAAGUAAGGCUAUCGAUGAAUGAAUUAAUAUAACCUUUCACUAACAGCACGGUUAAUGCAUGGUUUGCAAAAUCUGGUAUAUAUUUGGUACAUAUGCAGGGUAUAUGGGUGAAAGUACUAUAACCAUAAAAUAUUUCCUCUUUAAAUACAUUUGAAUUAAACUUGGUUAAAUGUCUGUACUGAUUUUAUAUAGCAAUUUGUUAGCGUGUAUGGUUAUGGAGAAUAAAGUAAAUAAAUGAUUUUGAAUAAAA